AGCAUGCAGAUGUCAUGGAUCUGUUUGGAGGUGCAGAUGACAUUUCCUCUGGCAGUGAUGGAGAAGACAAGCCACCAACUCCAGGACAGCCCAUUGAUGAGAAUGGACUGAGUCAAGAACAGCAGGAAGAAGAGCCUAUUCCAGAGACUAGAAUAGAAGUAGAAAUACCAAAAGUAAACACAGACUUGGGUAAUGAUUUGUAUUUUGUGAAGCUGCCCAACUUCCUUAGCGUGGAGCCCAGACCUUUUGAUCCUCAGUAUUAUGAAGAUGAAUUUGAAGAUGAGGAGAUGCUUGAUGAAGAGGGUAGAACUAGGUUAAAACUCAAGGUAGAAAACACAAUACGGUGGCGUAUGCGACGAGAUGAGGAAGGGAAUGAGAUCAGAGAGAGUAAUGCACGGAUAGUCAAAUGGUCAGAUGGAAGCAUGUCUCUCCACUUGGGCAAUGAGGUCUUUGACGUGUACAAGGCGCCUCUACAGGGAGAUCACAACCAUUUGUUUAUCAGACAAGGGACAGGUCUACAAGGACAGGCUGUUUUCAAGACAAAGUUAACCUUCAGGCCACACUCUACAGAUAGUGCCACUCAUAGGAAGAUGACUCUGUCUCUGGCAGAUCGAUGUUCAAAGACACAGAAAAUUCGUAUUUUGCCAAUGGCAGGUCGUGAUCCAGAGUCUCAGCGCACAGAAAUGAUUAAGAAAGAAGAGGAGAGAUUAAGAGCUUCCAUUCGUAGAGAAUCUCAGCAGCGACGAAUGCGGGAAAAGCAGCAUCAGCGCGGUCUGAGUGCAAAUUAUUUAGAACCUGAUCGCUAUGAUGAAGAGGAUGAGGGAGAUGAUGCAAUCAGUCUAGCAGCUAUCAAAAACAGAUACAAAGGUGGCAUCAGAGAGGAACGUGCUAGGAUCUACUCUUCUGACAGUGAUGAAGGCUCAGAUGAAGACAAAACACAAAGACUACUCAAGGCAAAGAAACUUACUAGUGAUGAGGAAGGUGAACCUUCUGGAAAGAGAAAAGCAGAGGAUGAUGACAGAUCAAGUAAGAAGCAUAAGAAAUAUGUGAUCAGUGAUGAAGAGGAAGAUGAUGAUGACUAAGGAAGCACAGAAGUUGAUUUUUUUUUUAAUAUAUAUAUAUUAUAUAUAUAUUGUACAGUUCUCUUACAGCAAACAUGUACGUAACCAUAAUGGGGUUAUUUUGAUAAAGGAAAGUUCCAUUUAAGUCUGCGUUACUGGUGUGAAUAAAGUUUUUUGACUUCUUUUU